GCAGGCAGCAGUACAUGCUCUGCCCAGCACUGUACCUGCAAGGCUGAGUUCAGUUUCCACUGAAAUCCUUGAGGUCCAAGACUUAUGGCAGUGUCACCUGAAAGGGAUUUAAGUGCUGACCCCCUCAGCUGCUGGAUGUUGUGGUCCCACAAAAGGCAAACGCACUUUAUCGCCCCGAAAGCUUCACUUUCAGAGGCAAACGCAGAAACGAGAGCGAAAGCGGCGCUCAGGAAGAGGGGGAGCGCCGGGACGGGAAAGCGGAGCCGGUGCCGCCGCAACGGGGGUUUCUGAUCCCGGCGCUCAGAAGCCCCAUGCAGUGAUGCCAUCCUGCCACAUGCCGAGUUUGAGGCAUCCAUCCAAGUGGAUGUUUCCCCCUCUCCUCCUGUUCCUGGCUGAGCUCGGCUGCAAAGCCCAACCCACUUACCCAUGGAAGGACCCGGUGACGAGAGAGAGGAUCACGUGCGAACAGUGCCCGCCGGGGACAUUCGUGUCACAGCACUGCAGCAGGGACAACCGGACCCAGUGCGAUCCCUGCCCGGAGCUGCACUACACGCAGUACUGGAACUACCUGGAGAAGUGCCGGUACUGCAACGUGAUCUGCGGCGAGAAGCAGGUGGAGGUGCAGCAGUGCGAUGCCACGCACAACCGCGUCUGUCAGUGCCAGGAGGGAUACUACUCGGACAUGGAGCUCUGCAUCAGGCACUCCGAGUGCCCGCCGGGCUCCGGCGUGGAGAAACCAGGUACCCCUUUUGAGGACACCAAGUGCCACGAGUGUCCCCCCGGCUUCUUCUCCUCCAGCUCCAGCACUGAUCCAUGCCAGCCACACCAGGACUGUGAGCAGCAGGGGAAGGUGACCAAUGUUCAGGGCAACCAGUUCCACGACACCCUCUGCACCUCCUGCAGACUGGGGAAAGGCAACACUACGCAGGGACCAGCUGUAGAGGACGACGACUGUGAACAAGCCAUGAUAGACUUUGUGGUGUAUCAGAACAUCCCCGUCAAGAAGCUGAAGCGCCUCCAGCAGAUCCUGGAGCGCUCACCAAGGAAGCAGCAACCAUGGACCAGGGCAGCCAUCCAGGAGAAAUUCCGGACUUUCCUCACUCACAAGAAAGAGGAGCACUACGAGGUCAUCAAGAAGCUGCUGGAUGCGCUGCGCCUUGUCAAGCUCCACUCCAUCGAGGAGGAGGUCCGCAAGCGCUUCCUGCUGCUCUGAGAGCACGAACUGGACUUUUUGGGUGCUUUUUGGUUUGGUUUUUUCCUUCUGUGGCUUCAUUAAUUUAUUCAUCUUUCCAAGCAUAACUUGAAAAGCAGUAUGAGAGAUGAGUGACGGGUUGGAGUGACACCGUACCGUGGCAGCAGUGGGAUGGGAUGGGAUGGGAUGGGAUGGGAUGGGAUGGGAUGGGAUGGGAUGUGUGAACAGCAGUGUCCCUACAGUGGGGCAGCUCCUGGGAGCUCUCCAGGUGUUGGUCACUGAUUUUCCAGCCCUUGACAAGGCUCAAUAUUUUAUCAGAAGAGAAACCUGCACCCAGGGUCAUUGUUUCUGUGAAGAACCCAGUCCUCUUUAGAGAAAACUGUCUGGCUUUGUUUUAAA